UAUUUCUGUUGCACAAGAUGGAUCAGAGGACGAAAGAAUUUUUGAUUAUGAUAGAGUGGAAAAUCCAAAAAAUCAACACAAACAUGGAAAUUAUAUAUUUGAAAAUUCAGAGACGAAUAAUAGUAGAAGUCAUGAAAAUUUAAACACAAAUAGUGAUAAGUCAGUUCGUAACAACAAAGAUUGUUUGAAUUUAGAUAACUUUGACGAUGAAAGUGUCUACAAUUUAACUCAAGAUAAUGAACAUGUCUACAAUUUAACUCAAGAUAAUGAAAGUAUCUAUGAUUUAACUCAAGAUGGUGAAAGCUUAUAUGAUCUAAGUCAAGAUGGUGAAAGCUCAUACAAUCUAAGUCAAGAUAAUAAAAAUGUUUAUGAACCAACUCAAGACAGUGAUUUAAUUCAAGGUGUUAGUUUAGCUAUGGACAAAAAUUAUGAAAAUGAAGAAGUGGAUCUGUUUUAUGAAAAUGAGAUG